UUUAAUGAGAAUACAAACAAAACAUUAAGGUUGCAUACAUUUCGCCUAGAACGGAAUACAACAACCAGAAUGAGCUACCCACAGACCUACCAACAACAGCCUGGGUACGGUACAACAUCUGGAUACCCCGCUCCGCCGGCAGGAGCCUACCCACCACCCCCUCCGGGCCAGUACCCACAAGGCCAAUACCCUGCGGGUCAAUACCCACCUCCAGGUCCAGUCUACCAACAGCCAGCAACAGUUUAUGUAUAUGACGACAGAGGACGCCGCCAAGCAGAGGCCGAUAAAGAGAUUGCAGAAGACUGUUGCUUGUUAGCCUGUUGUUGCGCAGUAUUGUGUUGUUGCUUUGCCAAUUCAUGAACAGGAUAACGUACUAUUGGUGAACCUCCUAUUUGCGGCAUCACCUGUCAGGUUUUGUUUGGCUUUGGCUGUGAUAUAACAGACGCACUCACUGGCUAUCUCAAAUCAAAUACGACUGGCACUUCAAUGAGAAGUGGAGGAUGGUCGAGUCAAUUGGAUAACUUACAUAUUUCAUUGACGCAAUCACUAAAUGUUUUGCUCCUUAAAUUUUAAAUCAAAAUUUAGAAAAAAAAUGUUUGACGUCAAAUUCUAAUGACGCCAGCUUGAAAACGAUACGGUAUCAUUUUAAAGACUGUUGUACACAUUGUUUUUACAUAUUAUGAAAAUAACACACUGUUCAUGUUGUUAACUGUUUUUUUUUUAAUAAAACCGAAUAAUGAAACUACA